AUGCGUCCGUAUUCUUGUCUUAUGUAUGUGGGUCUAUGCGUCCGUAUCCCCUUGUUAUGCAUUUGUGUCUAUACGGUUAUUAUAUGUGAUUCUGGCGCGUCUGGAUCCCUUGUUAUGUAUGCGGACCUAUGCGUCCGUAUUCUUGUCUUUAUGUAUGUGGGGUCUAUGCAUCCGUCCCCUUGUUAUGCAUUUGUGUCUAUACGGUUAAUAUAUGUGAUUCUAUGCGUAUGUCCGAUCCCCAGCAGGUAUGUGACCUAUGUCGGUAUAUUCUUUGUUGUUCCUAUGUAUGGGUCUAUGCGCCGUAUCCCCUUGAAAGUGUGCAUUUGUGUCUAUACGGUUAAUAUAUGUGAUUCAUGCGUCCGAUCCCUGUUAUGUAUGUGGACCCAUGCGUCCGUAUUCUUGUUUAUGUAUGUGGGUCUAUGCAUCCGUAUCAAUUUGUUUGCAUUUGUGUUCAUACUGGUUAUUAUAUGUGAUUCUAUGCGUCCGGAUCCCUGUUAUGUAUGCGGACCUGGCGCGUCCGCAUUCUUGUUCUUAUGUAUGUGGGUCUAUGCAUCCGUAUCCCCUUGUUAUGCAUUUGUGUUCAUACGGUUAAUAUAUGUGAUUCUAUGCGUCCGGAUCCCUGUUAUGUAUGCGGGACCUAUGCGUCCGUAUUCUUGUCUUAUGUAUGUGGGUCAUGCGUCCGUAUCCCCUUGUUAUGCAUUUGUGUCAUAUACGGUUAAUAUAUGUGGAUUCUAUACGUCCGGAUCCCUUGUUAUGUAUGUGGACCUAUGCGUCCGUAUUCUUGUCUUAUGUAUGUGGGUUCAUGCAUCCGUAUCCCCUUGUUAUGCAUUUGUUCAUACGGUUAAUAUAUGUGAUUCUAUGCGUCCGGAUCCCUGUUAUGUAUGUGGACCUAUGCGUCCGUAUUCUUGUCUUUAUGUAUGUGGGUCUAUGCGUCCGUAUCCCCUUGUUAUGCAUUUGUGUCUAUACGGUGUAUAUGUGAUUCUAUGCGUCCGGAUCCCUGUUAUGUAUGUGGACCCAUGUGUCCGUAUUUUGUCUUUAUGUAUGUGGGUCUAUGUAAUCCGUAUCCCUUGUUAUGCAUUUGUGUCUAUACGGUUAAUAUAUGCGGAUUCUAUGCGUCCGGAUCCCUGUUAUUAUGUGGGGACCUAUGCGUCCGUAUAUUCUUGUCUUAUGUAUGUGGGUCUAUGCAUCCGCAUCCUUGUUAUGCAUUUGUGUCUAUACGGUUAA